AUGUCAAAUAUCCAGCUUUAUCUCCCAAUUAUCUAUAUAACGCUUCUUGUUGGUUCUUUUUGUGUUUUUUCUUUUUUUUAUUCGAGACAUAAACGCUUAAAAAUAUCACCAUUGGAGCAAUGGUUUUCAUCAAGUACGUCUAGAAACUUAUAUUUUUCAUUAUUGCAUCUCUCAGAAUCAGUUCCACAAAAUAUUCUUAAGGCAGCGUUGCUCGAGAGAGCAAAGGAGAAUAUAAAACGUAUUCAUGAUCUCCGGGUGAAAAAAUCCGUUCUUAAUCAAGCUAUCCAACGAGGUUUACUUUCAAGUGAUUUAUGGAGACAAUUCCGCCUGCUGGAGAAAGAACUUGAGAUAGAGGUUAUGGAUGUAUCUAAAGAAGCCCAAUCUUUUAAAAAAGAAUGGGGACAAACUAUUUUUCAGACCGCAAACGAAAUGGUCUUAAACGAACAAUUACGACAAACUAUCACACAGGUUAGAGAUAUUGCUGAAAAAGAGGCAAGAACGUAUGAGAAAUUAAAAACAAUAUCAGAAAAAGCCAAAGAAGAACAAAAACGUAUCGCCGAAAACGAAUUACUUAAAGACCCUACCUUUUUCAACACUUCGACUCAAAAAAAAAAACAUAAAUAA